AUGAAUUUGGCCUCCUUACCUUUUAGAUUUCCUCCACCCUCUUUUAUUCUUCAUUUUACCAUUUUUCAAGCAAUGGUGGUGACCUUUCUUUUAUUCUUCUCUACCCUUCUUCCCAAUUCUUUCAUUCAUUCAAUCCUCCACCUAUUACUUUUUAUUUCCAUUAUAGAUUCUUCCUCUACCCUUCUUCCCCCUCUUUUUCAUUCAUUCAAUCCUCCACCUAUUACUUUUAUUUCCAUUAUAGAUUCUUCCUCUACCCUUCCUCCAACUCUUUCGUUCAUUCAAUCCUCCACUUUUAUUUCCAUUAUAGAUUCUUCCUCUACCCUUCUUCCCACUCUUUCAUUCAUUCAAUCCUCCACCUAUUACUUUUAUUUCCAUUUAGAUUCUUCCUCUACCCUUCUUCCCACUCUUUCAUUCAUUCAAUCCUCCAUAGAUUCUUUACCCUUCUUCCCAUUAUCUUUCAUUCAUUCAAUCCUCCACCUAUUACUUUUAUUUCCAUCAUUCAUUCAAUCCUCCACCUAUUACUUUUAUUUCCAUUAUAGAUUCUUCCUCUACCCUUCUUCCCACUCUUUCAUUCAUUCAAUCCUCCACCUAUUACUUUUAUUUCCAUUAUAG